AUGUUGAGCUCUUUUUGUAAAUAUGCUCCGGUUUUCGACAGCAGGUGCAAACGGUACAGUUUUUACGUGAUCAUUGUAUUCGCAUUGUUCUGUUCGUUGUAUAUUACAUCGCGAAGCUAUGGGCCCUCCAGUCUGAUGUCGAUAGAUAGGGAGACGGGCGCAAGGACAGAAGUGGAAGACCCCAACGGCGGCGAGUACGAAUCACCGCAGUUUGCGGCCGUUGGCAUGGGAAAUUACUCGUUGUGGUCACCGUCGGUCAGCGAAACCCAGCUGCAGUGCGUGUCUUUCGACGACAUGAUGAGUGACGGUCAGCGAUAUCGGUUCGACAUCAACGGUUCUGAUGUUCUCGUGUUCUUGCAUAUCCAAAAGACCGCCGGCACGACGUUUGAACGCUAUCUGGUGCGGCAACUAAAUCUGCCACAGCCUUGCCAGUGUUGGCCGAAGCGCAAGAGGUGCACUUGCCUGCGACCGUCGGGUAGUGGCCACUGGCUCUUCAGUCGCUUCUCGACAGGAUGGAACUGCGGCCUGCACGCCGACUGGACUGAACUGAUCACAAGCGGCUGCGUGGACAAGUUCCUGAACCGAAGGGAGAAGCGCGUCACCCGCAGGCGCUACUUCAUCAGCACGAUGUUAAGGGAACCAGUGGCUAGAUUUAUUAGCGAAUUCAAGCACGUGCAACGAGGUGCCACAUGGCAAGCGACGCCGCACUUUUGCAAUGGUCGUCCUCCGUCGUCAGAAGAAAUGCCGCCGUGCUUCAACCCAGAGGUAGGUUGGGAAGGCGUGUCACUCGAGGAAUUCCUCAAUUGUUCGUCGAAUUUCGGCUUCAACCGCAUGACUCGCAUGUUGUCUGAUUUGACUACGGUAGGCUGUUACAGCCGGUCAUUACUCGACCCGAACUCGCGAAGCGCACUGAUCUUGGAGUCGGCGAAGAACAAUCUGCGAAAAAUGGCUUUUUUUGGACUGCAGGAGGACAUGCGCCGUUCGCAGUACGUGUUCGAGGAACUGUUCAGUCUUCGCUUUAAUAAGCCGAUGGUUAACCAGAUGGAGCAGAGUGAUCCCGCCGAAUUCACUGUCACUCAGCUGGAGCAUAUUAGAAACGCGAACCGGCUAGACAUCGAGAUCUACAACUUUGCCCGCCAACUAUUCUACAAACGAUUUCAACUGCUAAAAGCCAAAGAUAGUUUUUACGAAUUAAAUAUGGCUGUCUGA